AUGGACCUGGUUCAGUCAGCCUCCCCAGACAUCACGGUCACUCGUGGGUCCUUGAAGAAAGUACCCAGUGUCCUGAGCAGCCUCGUGGAGGAACCUAAAAAAAGACAUGCUGUCCCCCAUCACCUGCUGGAAUCAAAGAUUUAUUCAGAGCAUCAGAGGAGCAGGGUUGUGCAGGCUGAGCCUGCCGUGUUACACUAUGGAGGGUAUGAAGCUGGAAAACAUCACCAACAGAUGCUGAAGCUGAUAAAUAUUUCUACCAAUGCAGUAAACCUUCACAUAAUACCACCCCAGACGAUGUAUUUUCAGAUCAAAUACAACAAAACACACCGGCUUGUCCCUGGAUUGUCCCUUGUGGUUACUGUUGAUUUUUGCCCUGAUGAAUGGAGGUAUUACUAUGACUGCAUCCGAAUUCACUGUGAGGGAGGUGAUACCUUAGUUGUUCCCAUGCAUGCUUACCCUGCUAUGAAUGUUGUAGAAUUUCCAUCAUUUAUAAAUCUGUCUGAUGUAUCAAUUGGUCAGAGUAAGGAGUAUGUUAUCCCACUGCAGUGCAGCUGUCCCAUAGAUUUUGAAUUCCACAUUGAUAUUAUUCAGCCUCACAGAGCCUUUACUGUCCAGCCGACAUUUGGAAUCAUUCCAGCCAAUGGAAAAGUCAAAGUAGCUGUGAAGUAUUCCCCACUGGAGUAUGGAACAGCACAAAUGGCAAUGCAGUUACGGAUUUUAGAGUUUCACUCAAAACCCUAUGUGUGUGUAUUCACAGGAACAUCAAUACCACAUGUGGCUCUGAUAAAAGAAUAUACUGAUGAACAACAAAGUCAUCCAGAGAAAAAAGCUGUGUCUGGAAAACCUGUGUUGUGGAGAAGAGACCGGCUCAGCCAACUACAGUCAAAGCCUGUUCAAAAACUAAAGGAAAUUGAAUACCAGAACCUCAGAUUCCCCACAGACUUGUCAAAUCCGUAUGCUGUAGCUACUGUUUUGAUUCAGGAACCAGGCAAAUUGAAGUUAAAGGACGUAAAAGAAGCCCUGUCCCAAGGCAAAGAAGGAAAAAAACCAAGGCAGAUGAAGGAUGCUAUAUUUCAACUAAAAGUGAAACAAAAUGUUCAGGAAGAGGAAGCAAAUCAUCUAAAGUGGCAAGUUCAUAAGGGAAGUGAUCCAAUCUCUGCAGAGUUUAAAAAAGAGAUUAUUGAAAGCCGACAAAGGGAAGAAGAGCAAUACAAGCUCCAAAGAGGAGAUCCUAUCAUAGAACAGGAGUUUCAGAGGGGUGAAGUAGAAGUUUCCUUCAGACGUGUUACCCGGCAUGUUGACCAGCAACCAAAUGUCCAUCCCACAUUCGACUUGCUCCAUAAUGACCCUUGGGACAGCAGAAAGAGGAUGUUCAGGAAAUUCCAGCAAGCAGCAUACAAGAUUUUGGUUCAGAUUCGUCUAAAACGUUUAUUGCUUCUGUUCCGUGGACUGUCCAGGGAGGCCAGAGGUGUGGAGGAAGGCUCUGGGUCUGAAAGCAGGAGUUUCAGCAAAGUAGACAAGAGUGAAGAACAUAAGGACUUUUCUUCCAGAAUAAGUGAAGAUUGUAUAUUGCCUUUUGAAUUCCCCUUUUACAGGUCCCAUGAACUACACAAUUAUUUGGCACCUGAUGCUCUUGGCCCAGUUCCUAUUGAAUCUGUAGAUGUGAAAGUUGAACACGUUCUUCCUUUUUAUGACUUGAAGGUUCCUCAGCAUUGCAAGAUUAUGAAGUAUCAGCCAUUUUGUACACACUAUGCAGCUACAAGUUACAAACCUGUAAAACUUUCCCGACCACUGAGGCAGGGAGCCCAGGAUGAAUUGAUUCAAGUGGCUCCUUCUCCUGAGGGACAGGUCUCCCAGAGGAGAGAUUUUGACAAAGAAGCAGCAGAAGGGGAUAUCAGCCUGUUAAACCUGGUUCCUCCGCAAGCUUUAGUCCACCCAAGAGAGAGCAACCCACUUCGCAUUUUUAACCCCAUUCCAGGAUUAGUUCCAUUUUUACUUCCUUUGGCCUAUUGUGAAUCAGAUAUUGAAUAUCAUCUUUGUCCUCAUCCAAAAUACAUUGUUACCAAGGAAUGCCCCAGAGGAUCCAGUAUUCCGGUCACACAAAAGAAAUUUCUGGAUCACAAGGAAGUGAUUUGUGGAGUAAUGGAAUGGAGAAAAUUCUCACCACUGGAGUAUUCCACUUUUUCUAACAUUCCCACAUUGACAAAUACAGUACUUAGGGAUCCUUACAGUUCAGAUAUGCUUCCAACAGAUCUACCACCAGUGCUGAAUGACUUACCUGAGAGAGACAAGGAGAACAUAAUUGACCAUGAGACAGAUGAAGCUGAGUUCAACAUGAUUCUUACUCCAGAGAUGGUGAAAGCUGAAUUUCCACAGAUUGAGGGGGCACUCUCAGAAGAAGAUGAAGAACAAUCAAUAAACAUAGAAAGUGAUAUAGGGCUGGAUGGUGCUUUUCCUGGAGACCCACAAAAUGGUCCAGAUGGACAUUUUCAACUCCAGAAUAGUGAGAUCGGAGAGAAAAUUCGAAAACAUCUGGAGACAUUGAAGCUGAAAGCACUUAAUAAAACCCUUAUUCUGGGAUAAAAAUAAUUUUACAAAGUUCAUGGCCUGGCCCUGCUUAUCCUGUUAAUGUAUGAGGCCUUCCCUGUCCCAGCUACAUUGACUUUUGUUCAGUGAGGUCAGCACCUUCAUAUGCAAAGAGAAGAGAACCACCAGUAAUGCCACCUCUGUCAA